CGCCAGGCGGACAAGAGGCGCCUUCGGUUCCUCAGCCGCCUCCCCUGGCUUUUACCCUCCACCUCGAGCGGGGAUUUUGGACAGGGAGAGCGCGGGAGGCGAGGCUGGGAAGAAACAAGGCGGCCCGUCCCGCCAGAGCUCGCUUGCACUUCCGCGCCCUUCCAAACAGGGGCCACCCCAGGGCGCUUUCCCAGCUCGCGCUCGCCUCCUUAGGAGCGCUAUUUAGGUGCUCUUGAGGCGGGCUGAGGCCGUGCCAGCACCGCCUCUUUGUAGCUCCACAAGUUCCGGCUCGUGGGUUGGCUCUUUCCCAGCCGGAGCGAGAGAGAAAGUUGCCAGCUCCUGGGCUGAGGGAGAGGAGCUGCCCGUGGAAAAAAGCGGGACGGCGCGGAGGGGAGGCACCCAUGGCUUCUUCUGCCACCGCCUUGUGGAAGAGAGUCGCCGGCGAGGGUUUGGCUGCCCUGGCGACUCGCCCUGGCCUCCGGGCCAUUCUUCGGUUCAGCACUCUACAAGCUAAUGCACAGCCUGCCACACCUGUCACAAACAGAAGCUACCUCAAUGGAGGGACAGAUGUACCACUCAUCUCUAAAACAUUGGACCGGUGCCUAGAAGAGACCACUUCCCGGUAUCCUGACCGAGAAGCUCUGGUCUUCCCUAUAGAAGGGAUUCGAAAGACGUUUGCCCAGUUUAGAAAAGAUGUGGAACAAGCAGCAGCUGGACUUCUGGCUUUUGGUUUGAAAAAGGGUGAUCGACUUGGAAUGUGGGGUCCCAACAAGUAUGAGUGGGUCCUCAUGCAGUUUGCCACCGCUCAGGCAGGAAUCAUCCUGGUAUCUGUGAACCCAGCAUAUCAAUACCAAGAACUGGAGUUUGUGUUGAGGAAGGUUGGCUGCAAAGCACUUGUAUUCCCUACACAGUUUAAAACACAAAAAUAUUAUGAGAUAUUGAAGCUGGUUUGCCCUGAACUAGAACAAUCAAAUCCUGGAGCAUUAAACAGCAAGAAGCUACCAGAACUUUCCAUAGUAAUUAGCACAGAUUCCAAGCUGCCUGGAACAUUCUCCGUGGAUGAUCUGAUGCAGGCCGGAGAGAGCAGCCACAAGAAUCAGUUACAGGACAUACGGAAGACCCUAGACAACCAAGAACCCAUCAACAUCCAGUUCACUUCUGGAACAACAGGAAGUCCCAAAGGAGCAACACUUUCUCAUAGCAACAUUGUUAAUAAUGCAUACCUAAUUGGUACCAGGCUGCGGAUCAAUGAUGGGGAUGCUCGCUGUUGUCUCCCUGUCCCUCUUUACCACUGCUUGGGGUCUGUGGCAGGCUGUGUGGUGAUGGCGGUCCAUGGUGUCUCUCUUGUGUUCCCAAAUCUCAGCUUUGAUGCAAAAGCCACAUUGAAAGCACUGGAUCAGGAAAAAUGCACUCAUGUUCACGGCACUCCUACCAUGUUCAUAGAUAUCCUUGGUCAACCUGAUUUUGCCAGCUACAACCUCUCAAAUCUCCGGGGAGGACUCAUUGCAGGUUCGCCAGUGCCUCCUGAAGUCAUGAAGAAAAUAAUCAAGAAUAUGAACAUGCGGGAAAUAGUGGUUGCUUAUGGAACUACAGAGAAUAGCCCAGUUACAUUCAUGGGGUUUCCUCAAGACAACAUUACCCAGAAAACAGAGACUGUGGGAUGCAUUUUCCCCCACACAGAGGCAAAAAUUGAGGAUCCUAAUACAGGAGAAUUCCUCCCACUCAACAGCCCAGGAGAACUUCAGAUUAAAGGUUACUGUGUCAUGCUUGGAUACUGGGGAGACCCCAACAAGACUAAUGAGGUGAUGACUGGUGAAAAAUGGUACAAGACUGGGGACAUUGCUAUGCUUGAUGAACAUGGUUACUGCAAGAUUGUAGGACGCUGCAAGGACAUGAUAAUCCGAGGAGGGGAAAACAUAUACCCUGCGGAGCUUGAACAGUUUCUUCAUACCCACCCUAAGAUUCAUGAGGUGCAGGUAGUUGGUGUGAAAGAUGCGCGCAUGGGAGAGGAGAUCUGUGCCUCGAUCAGAGUAAAAGAAGGAGAAGAGUGCACAGCAGAGGAAAUCAAGGCCUUCUGCAAAGGGAAGAUUUCUCAUUUCAAGAUCCCUCGUUACAUAGUAUUUGUGAAGGAUUUCCCACUAACUGUGUCAGGCAAGAUACAGAAAUACAAACUGAGAGAGCGAAUGGAAGCGCAUCUUAAAGUAUGAAUAGCAACCUAAGAGAAACCAAAUCAAAAGUGCCUUCUACCAACUUUUUAAAUACUUGGCCUAUGAGUACUUCACGUUUGGCCCCAGUAAGCCUGCCUGAAGAUGCAUUAUUUUACUUAAUUAAUUGAAGUCCACUAAAAGUAAUGCUCUGUAACAGAUUUUUCGUGUUUGUAAAGAAUGUUCUCUCCCUCUCACUCAUACUUUGUUUUCCCAUUACUUGGGAAUGAGACCCAGAAAGAUGGAAUCUUCUUCACAGUAGAUGAAUAUAAGAAAAAAAAUCAUUCCUCUGAAUGUUAUUGUAUCAAAUAAAAGAGAGGACAAAAGUUCUGCCUAUUUUAUUUCCAUGUUGUAUUGCAUUCUCAUUAAAUGUUGCAGUUCUGCAG